AUGUCUGGCCUGAUAAAGGCCUUUAUGAGGCCCAAACAACCUGCACGCCCAAGCUCUGCACAGACUUUGGUUACGACACCGUCUACCUCACCUGACCAGCACGAUCUUGAAGCCGGUGAAACCCAUACUGGUGAGGUAGGUGAAGUAGAAGUUCGCAAACUAGAGCAGGAGAACCACCUUCUACAGCAGCAGCUACGCAAGGCGGAGCAAAAGUAUGCUGCUCUCAAAAAGCAGGUCGCGGAGCUUGAAAAGGACCUUCGGAAAGAAUGCUCUGACAAGAAUGCCAGCAGAGAAGAAGCAAAGACAUUCUAUAGCAAGGUUCUUUCACUGAAGAAGGAGAAUGCUUCUCUUAAUCGCGAACUCAAGGAAUGCCAAGGAAGGCUGGACUCGUCGAUCGUAGACCUGAGGAAGGCGCAGCUCAGUUCAUUCAAGCAGUCUCAGACUGGAUGGUUUGUCGAGGAAGACUCCAGGAUCCACGAGUCCCUUGCCCAGUUCUACAAGGAUGUCCGGCUUUGGGCUAAGACGUACUGUCUCAAAUCCCUGGAGACAUUCUGCGACGUUGACGAUCAUACCCGUAGCUAUCUAAGCAACGCCGUCCUAGGCGUCGCAUCCUUCCAGGAGUGGGACGACUUUUGCAAGUUCAAACACCCAUUCCUCAUUCUCGCAGCUUUGGUUUCGGAAACUCUCCGCUCCUGGAUGUUUGGGGACUAUUUCUACAUAUUCGUCAGGCCUGGAGACCCUAGUGAUAAUGGAGCGACCAGAAUGGCACUGUUGGAGACUUUCAACAAGCUUCUCACGGGCAACGUUGUUGGAGCGCACACAUGGCGAGCUCUGCUUUUCAGAGGAAUCUUCCCGAGUCCGGAGAGCCCUGAGCUAAGAACGGGGCCGGGUUUCUCCACUAGAAAUUGUGGAGAUCUCCUCGAGAGUAUCAUGGGCGCACUCAAGUAUGGACCGGCAUGCGCAUUUGUUCGGAGCAUGGAAGAGAACGAAGACAAGAAAUGUACCUCGGAGCUCCAGAACCUGAUCCAAAGAGCCAUGAAGCUCUUCUCUCGUCUACAGACGCAGCGCGCAUACUACACCUGGCACACACCUUCCCAGCUCCUCCGUACAGGCUUCGAUGUACACUCGCCAGAGCUCGCAGCUGACCGCCUGGUAAGACUCGAAGAUGACGAAGACGAGUCGCACAAUGGCAAGAAGAUUAAGCUUGUCGUGAGCCCCAUGGUCCAGAAGCAUGGAGACAGCAACGGAGAAAACUUCCAUACGACCACCCGUGUCAUCACCAAAGCUGUUGUCUUCCUGGAGGGCUGA